AAGCAGCCCACAAGUAAACUGAAAAUAAAAAAGUAAAUUAAGAAAAAUCAACAUAAUUAAGUGAAACGCUACCACCGCAAACAUUGCAUUAAUACACAAAACGACCACAAGAUGACGCUACGCAUUUCAGCCAAAUUCAAAAAUCAUCUCGGCCUCAUCAUUUACGGCUUCGCGUUGCUGCUGAUGACAACAACGCCGUGUAGUCAGGCAGGACGAAUUUUCGAUGUGACGAAUAUUGAUUAUGUAAAAAUUGUGGCAGAAGCCGGCAAAAAUGUCACCAUACCUUGUCCUGGAGUAACCGAGCACUCAUUGGUCGAUACUUUAGUUUGGAAAACUACAACAACAGUUGUAGCGCAAUUUGCUAAUCGAAUAUCUUUACUACCAAGUCCAAGGAUACAACUUUUCACUGAAAAUUUUGGCUUACAGUUUGUACCAGCAAUUGCCUCCGACACCGCUGAAUAUAUUUGUCUAGUAAAUGACAGACAUAUACCAGAAGCCAUUGUGGAUCUAUUGGUGCAGGAUGUGCCUGAUCCACCUGAACGACCUUUACUGAUAAGUUUCACAUCGCGUUCAGUAAAUUUAUCAUGGGCGCAUUCGCAGCAUCCCAGAAAUGCACCUGUGACGCAUUUCAUUAUCGAAACACGAGUGGGUGAGAAUGGACCUUGGGACCAAGUAUCGCAAAUAUUUACAAAAACAAAUACAACAUCAUAUCAAGUAACUGGACUUAUACCCUUCACAGUCUACAGUUUUCGUUUGCUUGCAGUAAACAAAUUAGGCAUAAGUCCGCCGUCCAAGGAGUCCUACUACAUUGUCACAUUGAGAGAAGCUCCAACGGGAAAGCCAAUACCGACAACCGCCCACAACACAUCGUCCACUUCGGUUUAUAUUUCAUGGAAACCCCCACCAGCUGACACUAUACUUGGCGAAUUUCUUGGCUACCGCAUCACGUACAGACCACGAGAUCGGGAUCCAAAUGAUACCAAAGAGAUUUACAUACGCGAUAACACCGUUGAGAGUCAUGAAAUUCACAAUUUGGAAACUUACACGCAGUACAAAGUUACUGUACAGGUUUUCAAUCCUGAGGGCUUGGGACCUGAAACAACAAUUCUAGUCAUGACUGAUGAAGGAGCUAAACCCUGA